CCCGCUGCCGUCCCCGGCGGGUCGGGUCGUGCGGAGCUGCGCGUCGGUGGGGUGCUGGCUGUCACCAUGGCAAUGAGGGAAUUAGUGGAGGCUGAAUGUGGGGGUGCCAACCCGCUCAUGAAGCUAACGGGACACUUCACCCAGGACAAGGCCCUUCGGCAGGAGGGCUUGAGGCCCCCCAGGACACUGGCCUCCAGGCACUCCCCAACCUCUGAGACGGUGUCAAAGCCUUUGGGAGCAGCCACCGAAGAUGAGUUGGUGGCCGAAUUCCUCCAGGAUCAGAAUGCCUCACUUGUAUCCCGGGCGCCGCAGACCUUCAAGAUGGAUGACCUGUUGGCAGAGAUGCAGGAGAUCGAACAGUCAAGUUUCCGGCAGGCACCCCAGAGAGCUCCUGGGGUAGCCGACCUGGCCUUGUCUGAGAACUGGGCCCAGGAGUUUCUUGCAGCUGGAGACGUUGUGGAUGUUACACAGGAUUAUAAUGAGACUGACUGGUCUCAGGAAUUCAUCUCUGAAGUUACAGACCCUCUGUCUGUAUCUCCUGCCCGCUGGGCUGAAGAAUACCUGGAGCAGUCAGAGGAGAAACUGUGGCUGGGGAGCCAGAGGGAACAGCUACCCACUGCUGAUCGCUGGUGUGAUGAGUAUCACCCCGAGGCAGAUCUGCAGCACAUGGCCAGUGACUUCGUGGCCAAGGUCGAUGACCCCAAAUUAGCCAACUCGGAGUUCCUGAAAUUCGUGCGGCAGAUUGGCGAGGGCCAGGUGUCCCUGGAAUCCGCUGCAGGUCUGGCCAAGCUCAGGCAGAGCAGUGGGCGGGCAGAGUUUAUUCAGCAGCAGGUAGGUAGUUCCCUUCCUGGGAUGGACCAGUUCACAAGAUCGGGAAACACAUCUGCCCUUGAUCUAGAAUUCGAAACGAGCCAGCGUCAUCUGAUGUCCGAUUUCUGGGACAAGUUACAGGCAGAACUGGAGGAGAUGGCAAAGCGGGAUGCUGAAUCUCAUCCCUGGCUCUCCGACUAUGAUGACCUCACCUCUGCUUCCUACGAUAAGGGCUACCAGUUUGAGGAGGAGAAUCCCCUGCGUGACCACCCCAAGCCUUUCGAGGAAGGGCUGCGACGGCUUCAGGACGGUGACUUGCCCAACGCCGUGUUGUUGUUCGAGGCAGCCGUACAGCAGGACUCUCAGCACAUGGAGGCAUGGCAGUACCUGGGCACCACACAGGCGGAGAAUGAGCAGGAGCUGUUGGCCAUCAGCGCACUGAGGAAGUGCCUGGAGCUGAAGCCGGAUAACCGCACUGCUCUGAUGGCGUUGGCCGUGAGCUUCACCAACGAGUCCGCUGCAGCGGCAGGCCUGUGAGACUUCUCCGGGAACUGGCUUCGCUACACGCCUGCCUAUGCCCAACUGGUGCCUGGAGAAGAAGGGGCUGGCGGGGCAGGCCUAGGACCCAGCAAGCGCAUGCUGGGCUCCCUUAUUUCCAGGGACUCCCAGUUCCUGGAGGUGAAGGAGCUCUUCCUGGCUGCUGUGCGCCAGGACCCGUCCUCCAUCGACCCUGAUGUGCAGUGUGGCCUUGGUGUCCUCUUCAACCUGAGCGGGGAAUAUGACAAGGCGGUGGAUUGCUUCACGGCAGCCCUUAGUGUGAGGCCUAAUGACUACUUGCUCUGGAAUAAACUCGGGGCCACCUUGGCCAAUGGGAACCAGAGCGAAGAAGCAGUGGCCGCGUACCGGCGGGCCCUGGAGCUCCAGCCUGGCUACAUCCGGUCCCUGUACAACCUGGGCAUCAGCUGCAUCAACCUGGGGGCCCACCGGGAAGCCGUGGAGCACUUUCUGGAGGCACUGAACAUGCAGAGGAAGAGCCGGGGCCCACGGGGCGAGGGGGGUGCCAUGUCCGAGAACAUCUGGAGUACCCUCCGCCUGGCACUGUCCAUGCUGGGCCAGAGCGACGCCUAUGGGGCAGCUGAUGCCCGGGACCUUCCCUCCCUCCUGUCUAUGUUUGGCCUGCCCCAGUGACAGUGGGACGGGCUGCCCUGUGAGUGUUCAUCAUGGAGGGGUCCCCGCUCUGGAAGUGACUCCCUCUCCCCAAAUGGGCCUGCCCCGGGGGUGGGCUGAUGACCACAAGCGGUACAUACGACCCCUUGGGAGUGGCCUCCGUUGUGUUUGGGGGUGGGGUAGUCUGUGUUCUAAGCGCCCGCGUAAUUGCAGCCCGGGGAACUGUGCUGUGAUUCAGGCUAAUCCUAGGAUGGCCCAGCCAGCCGCCCACAGAUCUCUCUGCUCUUUGGGGUCCUUUCUUGGUGCUUGCUGGUUCUUGGAUUGGUUUUGCCUAUGCCUCGCCAUUUCGAGAGAGAGCCCAUCGCCUCCGUCACGUCUACCCUUGCCGACCCAUUCUGUC